AUGGCACUUCCCCAGCAAGACAUGAAUACCUCGCGUCAGCCGACCGACAUCGAGCGCGACUGGUUCUACUACGGUCUCCCGAGCCAGCCCAAACUUAUCGCAAGAACAAGCACCACAGAAUGCAGACACGGCAUCAAUCACUGGUCAGAAGACCGCAAAACAUUGACAACUGUUGGGGAUCAUGAUAUUGUUGAGAAAUGGAACAAGGAACCGUCAUCGUUGAGAAAUAAUGUCUUGGACAUCCUUAUCCAAAGCAAGAUCGAAUUUGAGACAGUCGACAUACUUCGAAUCGGCUACAUUGACGAAGAGAUGCCUGUCGUCCUCCUGAUCUCCGUCCUGCCAAACACACUCUCGUGGGCAGAUGGGGAUAAGGUUGCACGAGAAUGCAGAACGGCUCUCCUAGCGGAAGGGCUCGACAUCCACUGCGAGAUAAAAGAGUAG